GUUAAGUUUAGUCUUACUUUCAUGAAACCUAUCGAAAUGAGUGUUACAUCAGUAGAAGAAACUAUUGAACUUCUGCACAAUCAAGAUAUUGUUAAUGAGAGUUAUUUCACGGAAUACGCGACACAAAAGGAGAUAAUAAAUCGUAAUCGUUUACCAAGUCGUCGUCUUCUCAGUCAGGCUGCAUUAUUGGAAUCAAAUGUAAUGAAUAACAGCGUAUUUCAACCAUCAAAGGAUUUUCCAGUCAUCAAUUUUAUUCAUACAGUUCGACCGAAUUGGCCUCCUUCACGAAAACGAGAAGAGGCACAAGUAUUAGAAAAUUUACAGAAACUGGUAGAAAGGUCGGAACUCUUCAAAGCUUAUCAGUCAACUGGCUCCGAAGGCUUAACCACGGCAAAACUAACUCAAUUGAAUAAUAACCAGCAUGAAAGCUUGGAUAAUAGACCUGAACUUCUAAGAAAAAUUUUGUUGAAUCGUCCAAUGAAUAUAUUUUAUGACCUAAGUGACUUUGAAACAAAUUGGAGGGAUAGUGAAUUUAUUACAGAAUGUUUAUGUUGGCACAACGUUUACAGACAGCGACACAAUGCUCGACCUUUAACAAUGGCACCGAAGUUGUGUGAAUAUGCGCAAACUUGGGCUAAUCAUUUGGCUCAUACGAAUACAUUCUACUAUCGAAACGAUCGAGAAGUUGGACAAAAUCUCUACUGCCGGCCAGGUGGACCGGUGUCCGGAGAUGUGGGUGGUCAAGAUGUCUCUUCAUAUUGGUAUUCCGGUGUCAAACACUACAAUUUUUUUAAAGAAUCAGACAUUUUACAUACUAACGUUAACACAGGUCACUUUACCCAGUUGAUAUGGUCUAGCAGCCAAUAUUUUGGAGUCGGCAAAGCCCGGAGUCGGAGCGGUAAAAUUAUUGUGGUAGCAACUUAUAAGCCUGUAGGAAACGUCUCCGGUCAAUUUCAAAAGAAUGUAUCACCACCAUUUUUGGAAUGUGCAAGUUCAACAAUACCACCGUCACAAAUAAGUGAUCACGACUUAAUGGAGUCAACUAUGUCAAUUAGUAGCAACAACAGCUCAAUUCGUAUUCUGUAUAAUAAUUAGGGUUUUAGAAUUUAAAAUUUUUACACAGUUAUAAAUACGCAUCAAUGAUAAAAGUUAUGGAAUAGACCAUAAAAGUAUGUUAAGUUUUUAGUCAUCCUAUGGCUUUGCCUAUAAUUUUUAAUGUUCACUCACGUAAAUUUAGUGAGCGCGAUAGCGAAUUCAACAUUCAAAGCUAAAACAAGAUUUAAAGUAUUUUUAUAUCCCGAAUUGUUGCAUAUCAUCAAUGAGUAUUUGCUUCAAAAGUUGAGAUAUUUACUAAAAAUUAAUUAUAAUUUAUAAGCGAAUUCAAUUACUAGUGAUUGCAAGAUAAUCAAUAAAUUAUACUAGCGAAGUUGAUGCACGUAGUGAAGUUAUAAGUUAAUACGAACUACUUUGAAACAGAGCACACAAAACUGUGAUAACGUCGUCUUCUAUCCUUGAUUAAGAAAAGCGAUUUGUGAAAAAUUUAAAAAAAAAAAGUUUUAAUACGCUAUACUUUUUCCAUAAGCUUUAAAUUCUACGAGUUUUUAAGCAUUAAA